AUGGCCGUGCUCACCUCCCCUGCUUUUCGUUUUCCUUUCCCCUGUUCUACUUCUUCUUUGCAUCCAUUUCUUUUCCAUUCCAAAACAAGCAAUGGCUGAUGCAGUUCUUUCUGCUCUCGCGACUACAAUCAUGGGGAACUUGAAUUCCUCGACUCUUCGAGAGCUUGGACUUGCUGGGAGCCUAGAGACUGAGCGUGAAAAUCUCAACCGCACGAUCAGAACUAUUCGAGCUGUGCUUCAAGAUGCUGAGGAGAAGCAGUGGACGAGUGAGGCUAUAAAGGUGUGGCUCCGAGACCUCAAGGAUGCAGCUUAUGAUGCUGAUGAUUUGCUAAGUGACUUUGCAAGUGAAGCUCAGCCGCAUCAGCAGCGAAGAGAUCUCAAAAAUCGGGUACGAUCCUUCUUUUCUAUCAAUUAUAAUCCACUUGUUUUUCGACGAAGAAUGGUGCAUAAAUUGAAGAGUGUUCGAGAAAAAUUAGAUGCCAUUGCCAUGGAGAGACAAAAGUUCCACCUAAGAGAGGGGGCCGUGGAGAUAGAAGCAAGUAGUUUCGCUUGGCGUCAGACUGGGUCAAUUGUGAAUGAAUCAGGAAUUUAUGGAAGGAGAAAGGAGAAAGAAGAUCUGAUCAACAUGCUGCUCACCAGUUCAGAUGAUUUCUCUGUUUAUGCUAUAUGUGGAAUGGGGGGGCUGGGUAAAACAACGCUUGCUCAAUUAGUGUACAACGACGGAAGAAUAGAAGAGCAUUUUGAUUUGCGGGUUUGGGUGUGUGUAUCUGUUGAUUUCAGCAUUCAAAAAUUGACAAGUGCCAUCAUUGAGUCCAUUGAACGCACUAGUCCAGAUAUUCAACAGUUGGAUACUCUUCUACGACGCCUCCAAGAAAAGUUAGGUGGUAAGAAGUUUUUGCUCAUAUUGGAUGAUGUUUGGAAUGAUGACCAUGAUAACUGGAGCAAAUUGAAAGAUGCAUUGAGUUGUGGAGCUAAAGAAAGUGCAGUUAUUGUGACUACUCGUUUGGGAACUGCUGCUGAUAAAAUGGCCACAACUCCUUUUAAGCGUAUGGAAACAUUGUCAGAUGAGGAUUCCUGGCUUUUAUUUGAGCAGCUUGCAUUCGGGAUGAGAAGUGCAGAAGAGUGCGGUCGCUUGAAAGAGAUUGGAGUAGCGAUAGUUAACAAGUGUGGCGGGGUUCCCUUGGCGAUAAGAGCACUUGGAAGCCUGAUGCGCUCGAAGAAAACUGUGAGUGAGUGGUUGCCUGUAAAAGAGAGUGAGAUUUGGCAUCUGCCGAAUGAAGGAAGCCGGAUUUUACCUGCCUUGAGUUUGAGUUACAUGAAUCUAAUGCCACCGGUGAAGCAGUGCUUUGCAUUUUGCUCUAUAUUCCCCAAAGAUUACGUCAUGGAGAAGGAGCGGUUGGUAUCUCUGUGGAUGGCAAAUGGCUUCAUUUCUAGCAAUGGGAAAAUAGAUUUGCAUGACAGGGGUGAAGAGAUUUUCCACGAAUUAGUUGGGAGGUCCUUUUUUCAAGAAGUGGAGGAUGAUGGGCAGGGCAACAUAACAUGUAAAAUGCAUGAUCUUAUCCAUGAUCUUGCACAGUACAUUAUGAAUGGAGAAUGUUAUUUGAUCGAGGACGAUACAAGGUUGUCAAUUCCUAAAACAGUUCGUCAUGUGGGUGCUUACAACACAUCAUGGUUUGCUCCUGAAGACAAGGAUUUCAAAUCUCUGCACUCAAUUAUUCUUUCAAAUAUUUUUCACUCACAACCUGUAAGUUAUAAUUUAGGUCUUUUUUUCACUCAACAAAAGUAUCUAAGAGCUUUGUAUAUACGAAUUUACAAUCUCAAUACAUUACCACAAUCAAUUUGUAAUUUGAAACAUCUAAAGUUUCUAGAUGUCUCCGGAUCCGGCAUCAAAAAAUUGCCUGAAUCAACCACCUCCCUCCAAAACCUUCAGACACUAAAUCUGAGAGGUUGCAGACAACUAGUCCAAUUACCAGAAGAUACGAAGCACAUGAAAAGUCUCGUCUAUAUUGACAUCAGAGGUUGUUAUUCACUUCGAUUUAUGCCUUGUGGAAUGGGAGAGUUGACUUGCCUGCGAAAACUUGGCAUCUUCGUUGUGGGUAAGGAGUAUGGUCGUGGCAUGGGGGAGCUAGGAAGGCUGAAUAAUCUUGCUGGUGAAUUGAGCAUCACAGAUCUUGAUAAUGUUAAGAAUUCAAAAGAUGCCAGAAGUGCGAAUUUGAAUUUGAAGACAGCUCUUCUAUCAGUGACUUUAUCAUGGAAUUUGGAAGUAAAUUACAAUUCGCCUUCGGGGCAAUCAAUACCAAAUAAUGUGCAUUCGGAGGUCCUUGAUAGGCUUCAACCUCAUUCAAAUCUGAAGAAGUUGAGUAUAGAAGGAUAUGGAGGCUCAAGAUUUCCAAAUUGGAUGAUGAACUUGAUGCUACCAAAUCUAGUGGAGAUGGAGCUAAGAGACUGUUACAACUGUGAACAACUUCCACGAUUGGGGAAACUACAGUUCCUCAAGUAUCUUCAAUUAUAUAGAAUGGACGGAGUGAAGUGUAUUGACAGCCAUGUGUAUGGAGAUGCUCAAAAUCCGUUCCCAUCUUUGGAGAGACUGGUUAUUUAUUCAAUGAAGAGAUUAGAGCAAUGGGAUGCGUGUAGUUUCCCUCGCCUUCGAGAAUUGGAGAUCUCUUCUUGCCCUCUGUUGGAUGAAAUACCAAUUAUACCCUCCGUCAAAACAUUAAUCAUCAGGGGAGGCAACGCUUCAUUGACGUCGUUUAGGAAUUUCACUUCCAUUACGUCCCUUUCUGCUCUUAAAAGCUUGACAAUUCAGGGUUGUAACGAACUUGAAAGCUUACCAGAGGAAGGUCUUCAGAACCUCACUUCUUUGGAGAUUUUAGAGAUAUGGAGUUGUAAAAGAUUAAAUUCUCUGCCAAUGAAUGGGCUGUGCAGCUUAUCUUCUCUUCGUCACUUAUCGAUUCAUUUUUGUGAUCAAUUUGCUUCUCUAUCUGAGGGAGUGCGACAUCUGACAGCACUUGAGGAUUUGUCUCUUUUUGGUUGUCAUGAGCUAAACUCGUUGCCAGAGAGUAUCCAACAUAUCACUUCUCUCCGCUCUCUAAGCAUACAGUAUUGCACGGGAUUAACUUCUUUGCCAGAUCAGAUUGGAUAUCUCACGUCCCUUUCGAGCUUGAAUAUUCGGGGUUGCCCUAAUUUGGUGUCUUUUCCAGAUGGGGUGCAGAGUCUCAACAACCUCAGCAAGUUGAUAAUUGAUGAGUGUCCAUAUUUGGAGAAGAGGUGUGCGGAAAAGAGAGGAGAGGAUUGGCCAAAGAUAGCUCACAUCCCUUCCAUUGAAAUCAAUUUCAAAGAAAUCCAAUGAUACUUGGAUUGUUCAAGGAUAACGACUUCAUUCGGCACUUCGGAGUCAAACUGUAUCAUGGAUACUUCCUACUUCUGCAUUGAAUUCGUCCCUUGAGGGAUCUUCUGGUGUGUUGCUGACAAUAAGUCAUCUUCUCCAUCAGCUGCCUCAGAGCUCCAGUCAGAUACAAUGUUGGAGAACAUCUUAUAUCUUUCCACUAGACAUGGUCAUUGUAGCUUUAAGUCAUUCUCUCGGUUAUUGUUGUUGAUUGGAUUAGUCAUGUGUGAAGCUUAAACUACUGCUGAUGAGCCUGUUUUGACAAAAAUGAGAUGUAAUUCUGCUAAAUUAUUCAGCCAUCCUGAUGUUGUUGCUGAGAGGGGCUAUGGCAUGGCCUUGAGCAAGAAUACACCUUGAUGCAGAACGAUGUUUAAUGGCCUUUUGGUGAUUAUCCUGGUCCUCAGGGACAAUACCAUUGUGGUGGAGGUGUUGAGAAAGCAUUUGGCCCCGACAUUGUUGAUGCACAUUACAAGGCAUGCCUGCUUGCAGGCAUCAACUUUAGUGAUAUCAACGGAGAAGUGAUGCCAGGCCAGGUUGGACUUUUAGUCUGUAUCUCUUCUGGAGAUGAAUUAUGGGCUGCUGGGCACAUCUUAGAGGAGUUGUGCUUCCAUUUGAUCAUAAGCCUUUUCAGGUCAGUUUUUAUUUCAAUUUACCCUUUUACCAUUCAAUUCGAAUGCUACAACUGUGCAUGUUUUCAGUGCUAUUCUCAUCGAUUGGUUCACACACAAAUUACAGCACUAAAUCUAUGAGAAAUAAAGGAGGCUAUGAAGUCAUCAAGAAAGCAAUUGAAAAGCCUGGUCUGAGGCAUAUCGGACAGAUUGCAGCCAGUGUAGAAGGGAAUGGGCAGAGAGUUGCUGCCGACACCAAACAUCUGACAUUAAUACUUUCAAAUGGUAGGCCAUUAGAAACAAUAGAAAUGAUAGAAACAAUUGACAAAAGAAGGACCAGACAAAGAUUGGAGAAGCAGGAACCCAGCGAUCAUCGGAGGGAGGACAUUUCAAUGUCAUUUUAUUGAUUUCACAUGAAAUAGCUUUGGUAGCACCCAGUGAUGUAGGCAACAAAAACAUCACUAUUCAUGUGUUUUAGUUCUACCCCACAAUGGAAGGAUAUCUUGUAAUUUGAAGAUUUGCAAGGAUUUUUCUGUAAACUCUGAAUUUGCUGAGAAUUUAUAUGUCUAGGUUUCUAUUUUAGUAGUUCUUCAGUAUAUAAGUUUCUUGUUUAGGUUUCUCUUACUCAAAAUAGGAACAGAGUAUGGUUACGGGGAGGUCGAUAUGCAAAGAAUUUUCAAUGACUCUGUGACGCUAUCAAUCUUCUGUGAGAUUUCCUAUGAACCCUAGUUAGCAUUUGGUU